CAUAUAUACAAAACCCCUCUAAACCCCUCUCUCUCUCUCUCUCUGUCGCUCCUUUCUGCUCCGGCCGCGCGAUUGCUCUCGGUCUCGUCUCGCCGGCAGAAAAACCUCUGAAAUUAUUCGUUUCAAAGCGCUGAAAUUAGAUGCCGUUCACUCUCCCGCCGGGUUGCCGGUUCUACCCUUCCGACCAGCAGCUGCUGUGUUACUACCUGUCCAAGAAGAACGACGUAGAAAGCGACUAUCGAGGGGAUGAUGGCAAUGGAUACGAUUUGAUAAAGGAGCUCGACUUGUAUGAUUACGAGCCGUUUGAUUUGCCGGGGGAUUCCUGUUAUUCGUACGGUUCAAUGGGGAUGAAGAAGCACUGGUUCUGUUACGCGAAAGUUAGGGUUUCGAAGGGGGGAAACAGGGGUGAUGGGAGGAGGCGCGCCAAGGGAGGGUAUUGGAGAAGGAUUGGUAAGGUUAGAGACGUGGCGGACGCCACCGGGAAUGCGGUUGUUGGUACCAGGACUCGGUUUGUGUUUUAUUUGGGGAAUUCUGUGAAGAGUGCUCUGAGGACUGACUGGGUUUUGUACGAAUACGCGCUGAUUGAUCACUCCAAGGCUUCUUUUGUCUUGUGUAGAGUAUUCGUUAAGACCCGUGGUGGAACUAGUGUGUCUGAGAAUCUGUUAAGUUCGUGUGCUGAAGAAAGUGUUUCUGCAUUACGCCACAUUGGCGUCCAAUGUGAUGGACUUGGCUCGCCUGGUAUUACUGAAACCACUGUGCCACAAGAAAAUUCUGAUGAGCAUGAGAAUGAUUUGCCAGAGCACUUCUUGAGGCAGAACAAUGAGCUGGAGGAUUCAGUCACGAAUUUUCCAGGCUCUAAUCCCAGAUAUCAGCACCUACUAAAUGAGCUGGUUCGGAAUCCUGGGCUUAUUGGAGGAAACUUGUUCCCUGACAUGCACCCUCACGAGCAGUUACUAACCAUUAUGGAGGGAGAUUACAUAGAACUGGAUGAUCUUCUAGUCGAUCUUCCAAAGGAAACACAUUAGUAGGGAUUAGUUCUGUUGAACUUGUGGAUAUUAGCCCAAACCACUAGGCUGCUCUAUUUGCCUAGAAUCCAUGUACUGGAAUGAGACUGUUUAAUCCCUUUUGUAAGGGAAAAACAUGAUGAGACUGUUAAGAACCUAGCUUUGUACAUCCACUCAAGCGAACUAUGAUAUUACUUUCAAAUUUCAAUGUUCAAUGGAGACAUACAUCAUGGCUAGAUGAAACUGCAGCUUGAGAUUUUUUCUCAAGCCUGCAACACACCGAUCCUCAUUCACGGGUUGUGAUAUGUUGAAUUGUACUCUGUGAGAAGAUGAAAGGGGAGGAACGGGGGAAGAAGAGAUGUUCACUUCUGUAAGCUGCCUUUUCUAUCUGGGUUUACCAUCUUGUGCUGGCUGCUGUUUUGGUGCAGUGAUCUCAGUUAUUUGCAUCAAUGACUGAAAUCACGCCUCACACAUUGCCCUGCUUAUAGGUUUGUUAGUAUAUUCCAUUUGUAACAAGCUACUGCAUUGGGUAUUAUUUACUUAGAGAG